CUCCUGCCUUGGGCGUUGUGCACUCUGACCGUGUAAUAAUAAUGGUGUUAUAUACAAUACAUACAAUGAUAAUAAUGUUUUUGGUGAAGUAAAAGUGUCUGUGUUUCUGUGAUUGUGAAUAUGGCUGACGACUACUGGCAGUGGUCUGAUGAUGGUAUAAUUAACAUAGACGAACCAGUGAAGAAAAUCGUAUACCAUCCCACAUUAAACGUGUUGUUGGCCUUAUCCAGCUCACAAAUAUCAGUUGUUGAUAUCAAUUCUGGAUCUGUCCUGCAAAGAAACUCGCUAUCAGCUGAUGAAGAUGGCGUUUUACAGUGCGAAUAUUUAGGGAGCCAUGAUAAGCUACUCAUCACAGAUAAUUAUAGCGUUGGUGUAAGAGGAAGUUACAAUGGAAUCUUAUUUUUAAACAACUUCCUGCAAAGACCUGUCAGUGAUGUACACCGAAUUAUCAAAAUCGAGUUGCUUGUUUCAGAGGCAAUAUUACUGCAACAAGCAAUCAAGUCUAUGGAAAUUGUUAGUGAUCCAGAUCACAUCAAUGAACUUCUUAAUGCUCUUACGGUCAAACUUGAAGAAAACCACAGUGAUCAGCAGUCAGGCGUUAAGGCCCAAAAAUGGAACACUGUCACCAUCGCCAUGCCCCUCUAUGCAUUCAAAGUUGUUUGUGUUGGAAUAAUCAAUGAGCUGAAAAGAUUGAACAAAAGUGUUCCAGUGUUAACGAUUGCUAGCAUUAUUCAGGAUCAAAUCAACAACUACCUUCCUUCAGACGACAAUGUUAUUGACAGAGGAGAAAUGUUCAGUGAAGCUGCUCGACGCAAAACUUUCGAAAAAUGGCCUCAUAUGAAUUAUAAGUGGGCACUACCAGACCAAAUGGCUCAAGCAGGUUUUUAUCAUCAACAAAACAAUAAAGGAGAUGACUGUGCUAUGUGUUUUACCUGUGUUGUCUGUCUAAUCUAUUGGGAACCAGCCGAUGAACCAUGGUCAGAACAUGAAAGGCAUGCUCCAACUUGUCCUUUUAUCAAGGGGGAGUACACGCAAAAUGUUCCGCUGUCUGUGAGUCUAGCAACAGCUCCUGCUUUACCACUUCCGCUGAAUGGAGUUCCCAUUGAAGUUGGGACAACUUCUGCCCCAGGUCUCAUUUCUACUGUUAGUGACGUUACAGGCAUUGUUUUUGUCUGGAAUUACAUGCGAAUGUUUAAAAUGGAAGUUCGUGUAGAAACUGAAGCCUUAAGAGAUGCCGCAUUUUUAGAGAUCGUUGGAAGCUUAAAUUCUGAUAGGCCUGUUUUAUCUCUUGUCGAUGUACCUCAAGAACAGCUUGUUGAUCUGAUGAUGUACAUGAAUCCAACAACCAAAGUGAACAUAGGAGCAUCAUGUGUGUUAGGGAAACUGCAGUCCUCUUGUGAAUUAAGUCAAAAUAGUGACAACUGUGAUAAUUCGGCUGCUGAAGUAAUCCGACCCAGCCUUUUGACUGGGGUCAAAGCGUUUCCACAAAGUAUGCCAAUCAUGAACUGCUCAGAAAUGUCAAGCAACAGAAGCAGUUUAACAACAGAAGCCCUGAUCAAGGCUGUAGAAACUUUAAGUAGACCUGGUCGCGAAUUGGAUUUGCUGUUAAUGUUCAAAGAAGAAAAAACAAAACAUCAACGGACUCAGCUGUACAUGGUUAUUUAUGAUUUUCAUUAUCAUGACCCGGAACUAGCUCAUAGAAAUAGCGCACAAAAAGGUGCUUCAAAGAAAAAUGUCUCUGGGACUGGCACAAGUGCCUCUCGAUUAAAUUCAUCGACGUUCCAAGAAAUUUUCCUGCCAAAGAAUCUUGGUCAAAAAUUUUAUGAAAUUGUGGGCAACCAGGCGGAUAUCUCCUGCCCUGAUUCUCUAAUUGACUCACUUGAUCCUCAAGUUGUUGCUGCUCACACUUUUGGCAGUGGUCUGUUACCGUUAGGAAUUUUGCCCACCGCGGGAGGGGGCACUCUCUCAAUGUCCGGUGGUGGUCUCUCGUUUCCGUCAACAUCCAACAGCAGUGCGAGUUAUUCCCUCAAAGCGUUGAGAGAUCCUAAAAUGGAUGGUGACUGCUCUAGCAAAAAUUCAGAAAAUAAGAACAGCAGCAGGCAUCACAAAAUGACAUUCAUCCAGUGUUUCCCUAUUUUGUGUGACCAGGACACCGAUAAUUUACUCAUCAAAAAAUUUAUUCCUUCUUUAGACGGUAGUCAUGUAUUAGUAAUUAUUGCUCCUAAAAGCUUUAUCCUUGACCGACCUGAUGUUACGAGUUCGAAUCAGGGUGGUUAUUUAUUACUAUUCAAGGUAGUAUUCAAUGGUGCUGUAGUGAAAUUGAAGGAGCAGCCAGUGGCUGUUCGAUCUUUCAAUUUGCCCUCGUCAAGUCCGAGUGAUGUUAUCCUACUGCCCUUCUCUGAUAAAGAAGAGGCAGCUCGGCGAUUUAGUUCCCGACCCCUCGGAGUCGGAGUCAUUCUAACUUUUGAUGGAAAUUUGGAACUCUUUGAUGUUGCAACAUUGAAUUCUAUCAGUAAAAUGACUCCCAAGGAUGGUGCCCGCUUCAUCUCAGUCACGUAUUGCAGUAGUAAAGAACAGCUCUGUGCUACAACAGGGGAUGGAGUGCUACAUUUCUUCUCACUCAACCGCCGGGAAUCAUUCGAUGAUCCAGCCGAUCAGUUUUAUCCCAGUCUUCCACAAACUAGUUCAAAUUCAUCUCAGCCCCAUUUUAAAUUCCUAGCUGAUCUACCUGAAAUCAGUUCAAUGUCUCAAUUGAAAUCCUUGUACGAGCUAACACGUUUUGAAAUUUUAACACCAUGUUUCUCUGCGAUCGUCCCGCCAUGUUGGACAGAGCUGAUGCAUGCUGUCAAGCAGCGGCGUCUCCCUCAACUCCUGCGUAAUUCUGACAUCAACCAAUAUUCUCGAGGGUGGAAGUUGCAAACUGAUUUAAAAACAAGUUGGAAUGAUCAUAUUUUUGAAAUAACACUUUCAAGGAAUGCAAGUAUUGGAUAUAUUGAUGUCAAAUUUUCUCUUCAUUAUCCAUGUGUCCGUUUACCAAGAAUUCAAUUUACUUUAUUGAAGCAACAUUCAUCUAAUUUUCCUAAGUGUCAAGGCGCCUCUGUUGAUAGUUUUAUUAAUUUUAAUAUUGCAAGCUCAGCUCACAAACCGAAGUGGAAGCAGCACACUGACUCAGGACCUCCAGAGAACCCUGUCAUUUCAGAAGAAUUUUUGACGUUGCACAAUGCUGAAAUUCUUUGUGGCCCUGUUGACAUAGCAGAUUGCUUAAAUCUCUCUGAACAAGGAGGCUGUGUGAGAUUCUUGUCACCUGAAUUGUUGAACUUGAAUGGGCGGACUCUUCUAAUUCACAUUAAAGCUCUUCCAGAUAAUGAAUCAACUGCCACAAGUCAUACACCAAAAAAAAAGGAUGUAAAUAGGCCCGUGAAGAAGAAGAGCUGCAGCAAACUGGACUUUUGCUGGAAAGGCAAAGAGAUAGGCAGGAUGGGUAUUAAACCAGGACAAACAGUUGAACGUGUUGCAAGCAGUAAGGUGGUUGAAAAUUUUGUUGGCGCCGAUUGGCUCCACGAAGUUUGUGUCACAAUUUCUAAAACUAAACCAACUAGUAUUCAAAAUGAGAAGUUGCAGAGGAUUGCCAUGAUUAAAUCAAGCAAUGUAGUUCAAAGAUUAUUGGAUGUUGUGUUCAAUAAAAAUAUUGUCAUGAAAUUAAUGGCCUUGGAUGUUUUAAUAUGGAUUGCUUGUAUUCGACUCGGAGGAAGAAAACAGUUAACUUCUAAACAAAGAGAUUUUGUGAAUAUUAUCAAAGACAAUCUUCCUCCGCUGAUGCAACAUUGUUUUAUCUCAGCUGGACGCAGCAUUGCACAUAAAUGUGUGAAGCUUUUAGUUAUCUGUAGCGAGACAAUGAAAUAUUUUGGUGAUGACUCUCAAAGUUUUGAUAAAAGUUUAUUGGAAGCUCUAGUUGAAUGGUUACCGAGCACCCCUCAGUGUUGGUCAGCGGGUGCACUUCAUUGGUUCUUCUCAUUACUUAGUCAAGUAAUCGUCCUGGACAACAACGCCAUAGGAGUCAGAAAAUGUCUGAUGCUUUUAAAACAAAUUGGUGCUCAACUUCAAUCUCGGCAAAACAUGCACCAUUCUUUGAUUAAAACCAGGUACGGAUUGUACAACUCGCCUUUUGAAAGCGAAUUAUUUGACCUGGAGCCUCCAGUUUUAGCUCGUCCUCUCUCAGUGCCUGUUUCUUUCACAUGUGUGGGUCACAUUGAACCUGGUGCUUGUGCCCCUUCAACCAAUACGCUAUCUCAUCACUCAAUACCCCGAUACUCCGCAUCAGAGCCAAUUGAUCUACGCCAGCUACUCGAUCUCCCUAGAGCUUCAUCAGAUGAGUCAAUUUCGAUCAGUUCAAAUAGACUCCGGGGCUUAACAGCCAACCACUUCAUGAAAGGAUUGCUUGAGGUUGAACCUCUUCAUUUCACAUGUUUUUCUGCAAGUGAUGGCACAAAACUAGAAAAAAUAGAUUCGGGAAAUAGUACCUCAAACGUGAGCUGUCUCUUGGACACGUGGUCCUCUCCCUCCUUUAACCCAGUUGAAGAGCAGAAAAAUGAUUGGGGAUGCUCAAGUGAUGAAAAAAAUGGAGAAUUUCCCUGGCAACAGAUUCUUACAGCACCAUUGCAGUGCAUGAUUGUAAUCGAAAGAAUGCACAGUGGAGCCAGGCGAUUUGUCGUUUUAGAUCUAGGAGCUACAGUUCUGUUGACUGAUAUCCUCAUUCCUGCUUGUGCCGAACUUCUCUCUUUAUCGAUCGAUAUAUGGAUCAAGGGAGAAGAUGUAGAUGGACAAAGGCUGAUUCUAGCAACUGAUAUUGGCUCAAAAACUCUCAUCAUGAGCGACAUACAGCCUCCUCCUCUUUGUCGAUAUUUGAAGAUUACCACAAUUGGACGUUAUGGAAUGAGCAUGACCAAAUGCAAAAUCCCUGUUGGAUCAUUCUUUGGACAUAUUGUUGUGUUGCCUGAUGAAACUUAUGCUGAAUCUUGUUCAAGUUCAGCGCCAGCUGCGGACGAACUAAAAAUUAAUAAUCAGCUGAAUGUUCUUAACUCCAUUUUAGAAAAUAUUCAAUGUCGUUACGCUUUGUGCUGUGCCAAAUUAAAGGAAUAUCUAAAUCCUCUGAUAUCAGUGGAGCCUCCUAACAUUUUACACAUGCAUCAAUAUUUUAACAAGGUUAAAGAAGAUAAAGAUUAUGAUGACAUGGAAAAAGUGACGGCUAUGUACAAGGAAUGUGUCACAUAUCAAUAUCAAUUGAACAUUGUGAAAAGCAUUAUUCAGAGGCUACGGAGUUUAAAUCCCUCCAAGAGCACCAAAGCUGUCGGUGAUUCCAAAGAAAUGUUGACCAAUGCGUGUAUUGAUAAACUGUGUGUCCUCGGUGAAAGUGUAUUAGAUCUUCUUUUAUAUAUAGUUUACGAAAUUGGGCCAGUUUCCAAGGUUCCACAGUCAUUUUACAAUUCCUUAGAUCAAGACAUGUGUGAGAAUCUCUUCUAUCAAUUCUGUGUCAAUGAAAAUACUCGCAUUCAGAUAUCAAUGUGCACUUUUCUUUUACGAGCGUGCAGUUAUCAGACUUGGUGGGGGAAAUUCCUUGUUAGUAUUCUCACAAACCUGUACUCAUCGACGCAAAAAAGGAUCUUUCCACAGGACAGAGUUUUUGUUUUACUUACAUACUUGGCUCAAAAGUCAAUUGCUGGUCGGAAUAAGGAAAUGCGGAGAAAUGUAAUAGAAACUUUGUUAAUGGAGCUUGUAACUCUGCUGUCACCCUUAAAUAACCAAGAACCUUCUCCUGGUUUUCUACCCGUUCAUAUGGAUCUAUCUCUCAUAACAUGGCUUCUUCUCUAUCUUAUUCAAUGUCUCGACUCAGUCACUUCCAACAGUACAAAUCUUAAAUCUGCAAAAGGAGGGCUUUCUAAAUGGAACUUCAUCCAAGGAGAUUACACUCUUCAGAGGAAAUUAUCAACUGCUGAUAAUAUAAACUCAGCCCGUCACUGCCGCCGCAAAUUACAUAAAAAAUUAAUGCAGCACAAACAACAGUUGGAAGAUUUAGAGGUGGCAAAAGAAGCUUUUCAAGCCUCAACACAGGCUGCAUCUGCUCUUUGUAAUCAAGCAAACAAAUUAUCAAUUAGAAUCAAAUUCAAGGGUCAGCUUUUAAAGAAGCAAAUGAAAGCAUCGUCUCAGAGUGGUAAAAGUUCCAGUCAACCCUCAGUCUCCGGAUCCAUUGAUGAUUUGCAAGUAAAUGGUGCAAGUUGCGCAAAUUUAUUUAAGAAAUCUGAAACAAAUAAUCACUCGUUUUGUUUGCCUGUUGCUCAUUGCUUGCCUGUUGCACGUGCCCUAAUUAAAUUCCUUUUGUACAUGGAUUUGACUGUCAAUAUAGACUUAUUCCUUCUAACUUGUAAUGUUCUGGCACGAAUAGUAGAGGUUGCUAGAUCAUGUGUUUCCCUAGGUGAAUUAUUUAAUCAAAAUAUGCUUUUGAAGCUUAUCAAAAUUGCGACUAAUGCUGGGCAACAUCGUCCGUGGGCCACUCACGCUAUCACUUGCUUGCUCCAAGACUUGCUGCAAAAUGCAACCAAAACUAUGUGCUGUGCCGAAAUUAUCCCUGAGCCUGCUGUAAAUACAAGCAAUGAUAACGCCAGAUUGCUUGAUGACAUUGAUGAGGAGGAUGUCGUUGAUGCAGGACCGGCAAGCUCCUCCAACAAACUCUCUGCAGACCGUGUCCUACCACCUUUGGUUACAAUCGAAUCUGAUGACAGUGAUUUUGAAGAAUUCCUAGAAAGUCUAAACAAGGAGAAAGAAGCUGCUAAGAAAGUCUUCACCAUUAAAAGUCCUAUCACUGUCAAUUCAAGCAGUAUAUCAACUGCCAUGGAUUCAAGAUUAGAGUUCAGUAUGGAUAGCAACACUGAGACCUCUCUGCAAAGAAUGACUGUUCAAAAUGCAUAUAAUUUACCUAUAAGUGUUCACACCCCUAUUUUGGUAUCAGAGGAAGUGGCAAAAUUAAUCGAGCCAGUUCAAUGGGAUGAAAGCAUCACAUCCUUAUGGCACCCUCCUGUUCAUCCUCCUGGACCAGUGCCUCGGAGUGCGCAGCUGUUCACUGCCUGCUUUGAUCAUUUAUUAAGCGUGUCUUCCCCACAGCCAAUCGGAAACUUGGAACUUAUUCUUCAGCUUUGGUUGUCGCUGAGCGCUGAUGGCAACGAUGGCGAAACUUCCACAAUCCCUCUUAGUCCAACAGCCAUAUCAGGUCUUAUGAAGCAAUUUUCAUGGCACCCUACAUUUACUCUGCGUGUGUGGUGUUUAGCGUUUCAAGCUAUCACUUUAGCUAUGAGUCUACCAGGAAGCAGCGAGACUGAUGCGCUGUUCGAAAAUUCCACUGUUCCAGAGCCUGUGAAAUCUAUGACCAAUGUGAUAAUAAAUAGUCCAAAUCUGAUCACCAUGCUCCACUCAUUUUUAUCAUCUCCUCAUUUCAGCAUGGUGGGAACUUCGGUGUGUUUGGCCUUACAAAAGAUGUUAAUCAGAUUGGAAAUGCACUGUGAUGUUGAAUCAGAAGAAAGUGAGCUGGGAAUUGCUCUGAAAAAUAUGAUGCUUCGCUUAGUUUUACUGCUAGUCACGCCCUUGACGGGUGCCAUUCCAUCCAGAAGAGGCCCACUAGAUGCUCAGAACAGUCUCAUUCAGUUGAUGAUCCACCUCAAUUUCUCAAAUACAGAUUUAUCGACUGCAAUGAAUAUUGUGGAAUCCGUUGCAUCUUUAUUACAUGCGUAUGUUCCAUCAACAAAAAUGAUGCAGCAUAAUAAUCCUGCCCAGUGCACUUACAGUUCAAUGUCCACCGAGUUUGGGGUUCUAAUAAAUCACAUCACCAACUUGGACACUGGAGAACUGAAGCAGAAUAAAAUCCCUUCGUAUGAAAAUUUGCUAGUCAAUCUCCUUGAAUUAACGGCAAAGUUAAUAAAAACACGCUUAAACAAAGAAAGCCAACAGAAAGCCAAGAGGGAUGAACAAAAUUCAUCAAGUCUUUCAACCGAAGACGCCAUGCAAAUGAACAGUCAGACUGAUGAUCACAAAAUAGCGGAAGAACAAGGUCAGUUAUCUUCACCUAGGUCAACACAAGCUCAACAAAACAAAGUACCGUGUCUCGCUGAUGUUGUGAUGCAACAUGAAUCAACUGUACUUCAUUUGAUGCAAGCUCUGUGUGGGUGCGGAGGGGCUCCCUUUACUCUUUUGGGACUCACGCCCUACUUUGAUCCAAUUAUUACUCUACUCGAAAAUAGUGAUCCAUUCUCUGUAGCAGAUGCACUCUUCCAGCUGACGACCACCCUUGUAGAGAAUACCUCUCUGCCGACAUUCUUUUUAAGGCAUCUCAUGUCUUAUCUUUCUGGCAACAUGGCAGAACCAAGUGUUCAGCUUUACCGUCUCUCAGAGCCACUUCUUUGUUUGUUUUUGCGAGCUUUGAAAACGAGCGAAAGCGUUGAAGAGUUUGAGAAACUCGGUGGAUUUAGAUUAAUCUGUAGUCAUCUCGUUGCUAGCUCCGGUCAUCUCAUCAAUGCUCAUCCUUCAACUGUUUCACUCGUCAUGCAGCAUCUCACGCACCCGCCCGUUCACACUUGGAACUUACCCAACAAAAAGUUAGCCCUCUCAGCUCUGGAAACUGAACAUCUUCUUAAUUUUGCACCACUGGGCACCAUAACUUGUAGCAACUUCUCAGCGUCCCAUUCUCCAGAUGUCCUCAUUCAUGCUAAUCCACCCCAUCGCAGAGCUCGAACCCCGGCUUGGUCGUACAACUUUUAUCCAGAUGAAGUAUCCAUCGAUCUUAUACUCACUCUUCCAUGUGCAGUUUUGAUCCAUGAAGUCCAUUUACAACCACAUUUGAGCUCUCUAGCCAUGUGCCCCAGUAGCGUUGGAAUUGAAAUAGGAACAUCAAAUUCAGGAUGGUUUAUACCUGUGAGUGUACCAAUUGAAACUUCCGGUCGAAUGUUCAUACGACUAGCCCUACCUCAACCAGAAGUUGCUUCCGUUGUCUUACUUCGCUUAUAUCGACCGAAAGAAUCCAAUAACAUCGGUCUCACCCAGAUAAAACUUCUGGGUACAACCUCUACCUCUACUUCCAAUGUAUCCAGCAGUAGCGACGGCAAAUGUGAAGAUGAUAUCACUAAGUCUAGUUUUGUUGGCUGGUUGUGCUUACUCCAUCAUUGUUUGGAAGUUUGCAAGGACAAGACGGAAACUCGGCAGCAAGUAAUGAGCGCCAUUGCCAAUUGUCCAGGUGUUGUUGAAGCUUGUUGUAGCCUGUUUCUGACCCGUAAUAUCAACUCUGACCCACCUUUAUACACGCCUUACUUACAGAAUGUUUUGCUCAGCCUUGGACUUCAUUCACGAGAAAUAGGUCUCCUGGAAAUAAAUGUUCUACUCCACAAUGCCUCGGCAGUUUUCCUGCAAGGUGGAUUUACCGUAGAAAGUCAGUGCUUCUCUUCGAUUGAAUUACUGUUUUUGCUUUGCACCAAAGAAGAUAAAUAUGUUGAAGAACGAAUCACCGCACUGAUUACGUGGCUUCAGUGUAUAAUUUCAAACAGUGAUGAUGUAGCUCAAUCUCUUUAUCCUUUCGUCCAUUGUGUGGCAGCUGUUCUGUGGGCGAGUAAAAGUAUCCUCAACAAUUUGUGCGAAGGAGGAAAAUCUGAUCAUAAUAAGAUUGUAACACCUCAACUUUUCAGCUUGCUCUACGAGUGGGGCUCGAAAUUGUCUCCUCACAGUGCCUUGAAAAAAGCAGUUGAUUCAAUUCUUUGUGCCAUGUGCUUUGUGGAUCCCUCACUCUUCAAUACUUUCCUCACUCAGAUUGGAUUAUUGCCUGCUCUUAAUUUACUCAAAACGUGUCAAGGCCAGAAGAACAAUGAUUCAAAAAAUCGUUCGGCUGGCUCUGAACAAGUACCUUUAACAAUUUCGGAGGCAGAUUUAAUGUCUUUAGCUGUAGUUUGUCAAUCCCCACCAAUUAUUGAACACCUGAUAAAUUAUGGCCUUCCCUCUCUUCUAGUGGACAACAUAGUAGAUUUCUGUAAAGGCAGCAGUUUUCAGGCAGGUACAGUUAAAAUUGAUGAGCCGCCUUCAUCAGCCAAAGAGACCCCUCUCUCAGACAGUGACAAAUUUUCUAACAGAAAGCAGGUCAUAAGCCUUAUUCCAGCCGAAAAUAAUUCAUACAGAGUGGAGGCAGUCUCUCUUUUCCUGUGGUUCUUUGGGGAGCUUUGUUCCGAAGGAUGCAUGAGGGACUGGCUGGGAUCCAAUGAAGGCUCCAUAUUCUGGCAACCUCUUUUGGAGCUACUAUCGAACAGGACCCAUGACUCAGACUCGGAAAAAUGUCUUCAAUUGAAUGAAUCUUGGUCAAAAUUGGAAGACAACACUGUUAAAUUUUUCUCUCGCUGUUGUUGGGGUCAUCUACGUAAUCAAGAAAUAUUCGCUCAUGUUCUUUGUGCUGUGAUAAAUUCUCAAAAUAGUGUUAACUCAAGCGGGAAGCUGCACCAUGGUUUACCAGGCUUUACCCGGAGGCUGAUACUUCAACUUCUACUGGAGAGUGAAAAAAUAUUUGUCUCUGUAAAUAUAACGCCACCACUAACCCAAAGCUUUACUGCAACUCUCAUGAAUCCCAUUCACCCAUCAAGAGGAAUUUGUCGAGGCCAUCAGUUCUUGUAUGUCAGCACACAAUCAAGAAUGGUCGAAAUAAUCAACAUGGUCUCAAUUCCAGGUAGCUUGGACUACAUUAUCAAUGAAGUGAACAAAGUACGCGUCAAUUCCAACUCUGAAAUGUCCUGGUGGGAGGCCCUGAACCAGUUGUCUAUUGCGGCUGCAGUAACUGCCAAAGAUAAACGCUCCAAAGAAGCCAAAAAUAUUGUCACAGCGCUCAGUGGUCCUCAAGGCAAAUCAAGACCAUCCACCCCUUUUUCGGAUAUAUCCCUGCCAUUGUUCGGGAAACCACAUGCGGUUCUGGAGCAUCCUGCAUUAUCAGGACCGCUGGAUCCACUCACUACCAUUUCUCAAGUGAUGGCUACACUUUCAUCGCAAGGCUUCUCUUUGAGUGCUCCAAUCAUUGAAUUCAAUGCAAAAGAAAACACUUCCAUAACGCAAAAAGAUGUCAUGUUGGACAUUGAAACUGAAGGGAUACCAUCUCCUCUUCAGAUUUUCUCUCAAAUUGGAGGACUGGCAUUGUUAGCUGAGCAUCUCCCAUUAGUUUAUCCAGAACCGCAACAAUCCACGCCAUCUUCAGCUGUAUCACCUUUCUCCCCUCCUCCGCAACUGGAGUCAGAAUGGGUUAAAGUUGACGCUACUGAUGACAUUUACAUGGAGAUUGAUUACUCCUGUAACAAUAAUAGUGCUCAAGGGGCUGCUCCGGGGAAACCUGUGGAAACUGUCGCUGUGAUACCUGCUCACUCUUUAGCAGCAUUUGGUCUUUUUCUUCGUUUACCUGGUUAUUCUGACGUCUUGCUCAGAAGCAAAAAGAAUGCUCAAUGUCUUCUCAGACUUGUUUUAGGUGUCACUGAUGAUGGAGAAGGAGGGGACAUUCUCAACUCUCCGUUGGCAAAUAAUCUCCCUACAUUACCUUUCGAGGUGUUGGAAGAGCUUCUCUCGCUCUCACCUCUGACAUCGGAUGAAGGAAUCUACAUCCGACAGGCUGCUCUGGAUUUAGGUGUUGUUCAUCUUAUUCUAGCGUGUUUAGCUGCUCUCACUCACUUUCCCCAGUACAUUCAUCUGCCUGGUAUUCAUCAUCAGCUCUUAACGACUGCAACACGAGCAGCAAACGAAGUCUCUGCCAAUGCAAGAGCCGAUAAGCAACUUCUUUACUGGGCCAAAGGUACUGGUUUUGGGACUGGAUCAACUGCGCAGAGUUGGAAUGUUGAACAAGCUCUUUCCCGCCAAAAGUGUGAAGAAAGUCAUAUUACGGUUUUAAUAGAAGUUUUGUCCAGUUUCAUCAAUCCAAAAUCACUUUCACUUGCUUCUGUUCAUAGCGCAGAUGAUGAAAAAAGUGCCAAUUCCUCUGAGGAACCACCAGAACGUCUGGCACCAGGACUUGCACCUCUAUUUUAUCAACUUCUAGAACAAUCCUGUCUCCUUCCCGCCCUCUCGUCGUAUCUUAGAAACGAUUCGGUACUUGAUAUGGCACGGCAUAUUCCCCUCUACAGGGCCAUUUUGUGUCUGUUAAGGGUCAUUGCAUCGAAUGAGCAGUAUGUAGAACUUUUGUUCCCCCGAUCUUCAUCGCACAAGGAUCCUUCAAUAUCUAGUCUACUUUUAAAUAUGAAGAAGUGUGUCGAUAACUACUCCGCCAAUGUCAGAGAUAAAAUUAACAAGACAAAACAACAACGGAAAGCUGGGAGAUCAGGGAUAAUGAAACUUCCAACCCCUGUGGCUGAAGAAUCAUUGGAUCAAGAUGAGGAAGGAUUAGCCUCUCUUAUUCCAGACAUCCAAAGCACAGCGUUACUUAUUCAGGUUGCCAUGGAUAAACUAAUCAAAAAUGGAGAUUCAUCUAACUCUGCCUCGUCAUCAGAUAUGGUUAUAGAGACGCUGGAGCACCCCUUGAAAAAGACUGUCGAGGAACGCUACUUGGAAUUUAUGAAAGCUCUUCAGUUUGAUAUGUAUGAUAUGAUUGUGGAAAAUUGUGAUAAUAAUGGAAUACAGUUUACAGUCUCGCAUCAUUUUGAAUCAGUCAUCCGCUCUCAUGGAGACAGAAGUCAUCCGUCCCGGGUCAAACGUCUCGCCCAAGAAGCUGUUACUCUGUCAACCUCUUUACCUCUCUCCUACAGUAGCUCAGUCUUUGUGCGUUGUGACUCGGAUAGGCUAGAUGUUAUGAAGGUAUUAAUUACUGGUCCAGCUGAGACGCCAUACAUGAAUGGGUGUUUUGAAUUUGACGUCUAUUUCCCCAAAGACUAUCCAACAUCCCCAAUGCUAAUUAAUUUAGAGACAACUGGUCAGCAUACAGUCCGCUUUAAUCCUAACCUAUACAAUGAUGGUAAAGUUUGCUUGAGUGUUCUCAACACAUGGCAUGGAAGACCGGAGGAGAAAUGGAAUGCGCAAACCUCUAGUUUUCUUCAGGUCCUGGUCUCCAUCCAAUCUCUCAUCCUUGUUCCUGAACCUUAUUUUAAUGAGCCUGGUUAUGAAAGGUCAAGAGGAACUCCUGCUGGAACUCAGAGCUCUCGAGAGUAUAAUAUCAACAUUUGUCAAGCAACAUUGAAAUGGGCCAUGGUUGAGCAGUUAAAAAAUCCUUCACCUUGCUUCAAGACUGUCAUUCAGUCUCACUUCUGGAUCAAAAGGAAUGAAAUAUUUCUCCAAAUCGAGAAGUGGAUUGCUGAAGUCGAAAGCGAUGAAUAUCAGACUGAAAAAACCAUAGCUGCUACAAUAAUGUCUUUGAAGCGCUUAUUUCGACUGCUCUGUGAAGAAAUUGCCAAACUGACACCUCCGCCUGGUUUAGAGGACUUAAACGAGGGAGUGCUGGGCAAGUGCAUGCCUACGUCAAACCAAAGCCAUGGCUCUCGAUCAUCCUCGCAAUCCCAACCAUCAGGGUCAUCAGCCAGUGCAUCAGUGUCGUCUCAGCAACAGCCCACCCUCUCAUCCACAACGCCUUUGAACUCAUCCUUAUCCGAUUUUGUCACUGAUGCUGAGAUGGAAAUGCUUGUCUCAAAGGUUGUUGAUUGAAACCGUUGCUUUAUUUUAAUUUUCUUUCUCAUUUCGCGUCUUGAAUAUGCAUUCCAGUGCUUGCAUUAUCAUCAAAAUCAUAGUAAUUUAGUCAUACUUUCAGUUUUUUACUGACCCUUAUCCGUUUCUGUAUAUCGUAAUGUUCUUUCUUAGCUUUCCCUUUUUACUUGUUUUAUCUGGCAUUUUUCUCAAGUGCGUUUCAUAUGUUUAAGCACCUAACCAAUUUCUGUGAGUUUGGCAUGACCCAGAAGGUGAAUUUCCAUUUUAGUGAUUGAUACAUCGAUCGGCAGUUUGCCGUUUUUGCUCAGAUUAAAAAUUUUAGGGCACAGGACUAUUUUCAAUUGAAAGUGCUUUUUGCCGCUGACAUUAGCUUGUUAAUUGUGCUUGCAUGUUGAGAUCCUCAAUUUAAGUAAUUUUCGUCUGAAUCUGGUUUUUUUUUUUUUUAUUUUUUUGGUAAAAGUAUUGAUUUGUUGAAUUGUAGCAUUGAGCUCUUUAUUUUUAUACUCUUAACAAUCACUGUUGCAUUUAAAAACAAAGUGUAUGAUAGUAUCUCUGUAAUUGGUCAGAUUAAAUGAUGACCCACUGCUAUAAAUUACCAGAAAUAUUUAUGAUUUUCAUGCCAUUUUUUUGGCAUUUAUGUUUAUAUCCUGAAUAAAUGAACUCCAUCAUUUAGUUGUUGAAGAGCUGAAUCUACUUGUAUUUUCCUUGAACAUCAGAAGUAGCAUUUGAAGGAGGUGACAUGAUUGACAUAUCGUCUACAACUUUGACGCUUCGACAGUCCUCGUUAUUGAUCGUUUUCAGCUGUGGAGCCAAAAAUUGUGUCGCUUUUUUUUUUUUUUUAAAUAAUAUUCAUUUGCUUUUUUCUUCUGAGGGUCCAUUAACAAGGUGGUUCAAAAAUUUUUGGAACGGAGAAACCUCGUGGAGUUCAGUGCUGAUUCGUGCAGCGAGCUAUUUUCACAAUUUACAUCGAUUUCUGACGGAUUUUGGGGCGAAAAUGUGGGUUUUUUGUCAUUUUGGCAACAAAAUUCUUUUUCUACUUGAUUUCAGCGGCAGGCUUUUUUCAAAAUUUACAUUGGUUUCCAAUUACUUUUUUGUCAUUUUAAAACUUCACCUUCUACUUAAUUUCAUACAUUAAAAUUAUUUUAUAAUUCAUAAUUUCAUCAAUGAAUUUCUCUUAUCAUCAAAGGCACUGUUCAGUCAUAAAUUAUGAUCAUUUCAAAAGCAUCAGACAUUUGGGAUCAGGCCUAAGACGGGUGCGUCCCUGAAACGAUUUACAUAUUUUUGGCCGUCAUUUCGACCAUGCAUCCCUUUAUUUACCUUUUGAUUACAAAUGUCUGAUGGUCCUGAAAUGAUCAUAAUUCAUGAUUGAGCAGUGCCUUUGAGGAAAAAAUAAUUUUAAUGUAUGAAAUUAAGUAAAAGGUGAAGUUAAAAGUCAAAAUGACAAAGAAGUCACUGGAAACCAAUGUAAAUUUUGAAAAUAGCCCGCUGCAUGCAGCGGGCUAUUGCAGGCGGUUGACAUGUCAACACUGAACUCUACAAGGUUUUUCUUUCUAGAAAAUGUUUGAGCCAACCUUGUUAGUGGAGCUCCGGUAACAAAAAAAAAUAAUAAAUAUGAUUAAAAAUAAAAAGUGGUUUUGGUCCCUUAAUUGAAAAUGACUCAUAUGUUUAUUUUUCUUCUUUAAAUAAAAAUAUUGCAUAUUAUUAA